GAAUCGUUUUAGUGUGUUUUUUGCCGCCAAAAGUAAAUUUCUAUAACAAAUUUGGUAAAAGACGCGAGACGCAGCAUGGAUAUGGAAAUAAAGCAGCAAUUCGACGAGAUAGGCGUGGAGCCCAGCGAUGCGGUGCUGGACAAGUGUAUGGAACUGGCCAUCACGUACAGCAUUGAGGAUGCCACCGAGUUCGUGGAGCAGUGGAUGGCCUUUAGCUUGUCCCACCUGGGCGGAGAUGGCCCAACGCCCGAGAAUCUGGGCGAGUUCGAGCGCAAGGUACUCCAGCUGAAAAAGGACAAGGUGGGCUUUAAGACAUCCACACAGAAAUCGAAAUCGUAUGCCCCAGCGACUGUGGCCGACACGAGCUCUCUCUCCACUUAUGGCCUUAUCGAAGAUGAUCCAAUGAUGGAUGACUAUAUGAGCGAGUCGGUGACAGACUCCUCGGUGAUGCACACGCCCAAGUCCAAGAAGGAUCCUUCGUCACGCUCCUCUGCCCUCAAGGGCGGCGUUCUCUUCAGCCCCGUCAGCUACACGCCGCAAUCGGCCAAACGUACCCCAGCGGCAGAUACAGGAACAGGAACACCAUCGACAACAACAGUGGCCGGACGACCAGGGGACAUUGUUGACACCUUCGGACACCCCAGACUGCUGGCUGGAACCACAUGGCUAGCCAAACUAGAGCAUUCCUUGUCCGUGUCGCAGAAACUACUGCAUAAGGAGGCUCCGCUGACGCUCGGCAACCUAAGCUACAUGAACGACUUGCUGUGCGAAAAGUGUGAUGACCUGGACGACCGCCUGGACAACACGGGACGAGCGCUGGUGGAGAAGAAGCUUUCCGCGAAGGAAGUGGCCGAGAGCAGUUGGUAUCCGCAGGACGGGGAGACGCUGCAGGCGCUGCACAUGCUCUAUGCCGUGGGCAUGAUACAUUCCGAAGACGAUGGGCCCCUGGACGCCUUCUCCACUUUCAUGGCCGUGAACGAUGGAGAGCAGUGCAGCUAUCUCGAAAUGAAUUUCAAUCGCAUCAAGUCGGCCAGCAUCUUUCCGGGCCAGGUGGUGCUGGCCAAAGGAUUUAUACCCAAAGGCACCACCUUUGUGGUGGAGGAGAUCCACACGGAGCGAAAACUGACGCCGCCCUCGCCAUUGAAGGUGGAUAGGGAGCUGCAGUUCGUGGUGGCCGCCGGUCCGUAUACUCACAGUACGGACCUGUUCUACGAUCCGCUACACGAUCUGCUCAAGUACCUGAAGGACCACAGACCAGAUGUCCUCGUUCUGGUGGGUCCCUUUGUGGACGCGAAUCACAAGCUCGUCGUCCAGAUGGCAGAGACCUUCGACUCGUUCUUCGAGAAGAUGAUUGCAGGCAUCAUGGAGGUAGUGGGUGGUCACACGACAGUAUUGAUGGUCAGCAGCCAGAAGGAUGCGAUGUCCCACGCGGUCUACCCCACCCCGCCACCCACUCUGCGCAAGACAUACCCCAAUCUGCACCUUCUGCCUGAUCCCUCGAUGGUGGACCUAGACGGUAUCACUGUGGGCGUCACCUCCACCGACAUCGUGGACCAUUUGCUCAGCCACGAGUUUGCGGUGAAUGCCGGAGAACGGAUGCAUCGGGCAAUCAACCACCUGUUCAAUCAGGGCUCCUUCUAUCCCUUGUACCCGCCAGCGGAUGAGGACAUGGCCUACGACUCGCAGCUGGCCCUAAAGUACGCCCAGCUACGGCAACUGCCCAAUAUCCUGCUGCUGCCCGGCGACCAGAGGCACUUCAUACGGCUGGUCAGCGACUGCCUGGUGAUCAAUCCCGGACGCCUGUCGGACAAAAAGGGCGGCACCUUUGCCCGCUUCCUGGUGACGCCCACAGCCCCAACGGCCACGGGCAAGACCACCAGCCUGUUCAAUAGCGUUGCCUGUCAAAUCCAACGUAUCUGAUCGAUCGUACAGAUCGUCGUUAGUCGUUAAAGCAUUUAUUAAUUUGUAAUUUAUAUAUAUUUUAUGUAUAAUAGUUUACAGCUAACAGUAGGAAAUGAUGUCUAAACGUAAAAGUACUCGCUAGGAUCUGAUCUCUAUGUUUAUUCGAGAUAGAGUCCCCUGUCCUGUCUUGCCCCUACAACAGACAACUCAAUCCCGAACUUUCGGUAUCGGCAUCGCACAGAAAAUAAAAACUAAAAACUCCGACAUUGUAUAUUUUACCUAU